ACAAAAACCCACCGACAAAAUAAAUACCGCAUAUAAUAUGGUGGGACGACGGAAUGACGACUAUUCCGGCACUAGGCCGCGGCAGCCUUGGUUGCUCCUAGCAGUUUUCUUGACCUUUACUGGUUGUGUUUGCGCGAAGAAGGUUUCGCAGAUUGCCACCCUGUGCGAGAAUACCAGAUAUCCGAGGUUGUGCGUUGACUCCUUGUCCGGUUUGACCGGCGGCGGAGAUGUCUAUUCUGCGGCGGCUGCGCUUCUCAACCAGACGAUCUCCCAGGCCAACCUCCCCUUUUUUGAGUUUGACAAAUUCAGCUCCCACUUUGUUUCUUCACACCCAAAACCCACCCUACCGGCAAUAGGUUAUUGUAAUGAAAUGAUGGAAAUGAGUCGAAAACGACUAAAUCAAGCCAUGGCGGCGCUAAAAGAGUUGCCGGAAAAACAGAAACAGGACAUCCAAACAUGGCUGAGCGCCGUCGUGACAUUCCAACUUGCUUGCAAGGACUCCGCCGACACUUCCGCUCUUUCUUCUUCUUCUGCAUCUAAUACCAAAGAACUCUUGGCUAGGAUUUCCCGCACCGUAAAUUUUCACUCCCAACUAGCCAGUAACGCAUUAUCACUGGUCAACCGCAUGACGGAACAUGUCGCCGGCGGAUUCUCCGGUAGGGGCAUAUCCGGCCGCCAGAGUAAAUUGCCGCAAGCGGCGUCAGACAAGAGCAAAGCCGACGUUGUCGUCGCAAAAGACGGGACCGGGAACUACAAAACGGUGUCAGAGGCCGUUCAGUCUAUCCCUGAGGGCCGACAGUUUGUGAUUUACGUGAAGUCGGGAGUUUACAAGGAAAACAUUCACAUCAGUAAAGACGGCGUCACGUUGAUCGGAGAUGGGAAGUAUUCUACCGUCAUCACCGGAGAUAGUAGCGUGGGCGGCGGCUCUUCUUUGCAAGGCUCUGCAACUUUCGUAAUCACCGGCGAUGGAUUCGUUGCUAAAGAUAUUGGAUUCGAAAACACGGCGGGGGCGGAAGCACAACAAGCCGUGGCUUUAUUGGUAGCUUCGGACCGCUCCGUUUUCUACAGAUGCAGCAUUUCGGGUCACCAGGACACACUCUACGCCUUUUCCUUCCGCCAGUUCUACAGAGAGUGCGACAUCUCCGGCACCGUUGACUUCAUCUUCGGCAAUGCGGCAGCGGUUUUUCAAGCCUGUAAUCUCGUCCUCCGCCGUCCUGCCGGCUCCCAAUCCUACAACGUCAUCCUCGCUAAUGGCAGGUCAGAUCCGGGCCAGAGCACCGGGUUCUCGGUUCAGAACUGUAAGAUCACUAUAGGGUCCGAUUUCUCACCGGUGAAGAAUGCGUACCUGGGGCGGCCCUGGAGGGAGUACUCGAGGGCGGUGGUGAUUGAAUCGGAUAUGGGCGGAGCAAUAUCUGAGAGAGGGUGGAUUGAGUGGCCCGGAUCUCCGUCCUCCUCCCUCGGGAAGCUAUAUUUUGGGGAAUAUGCGAAUGUCGGUGCUGGGGCCGGGUUGGGUGGAAGGGUGGGUUGGCCCGGUUUCCAUUCCAUGGCGAGAGAGGAAGCCGAUAAAUUUACAGUGGAAAAGUUCAUCAUCGGCAACUCGUGGCUGCCUCCCACCGGAGUCUCUUUUGUGUCUGGGUUGUAAUUACUUACUCAAUGAAUUCUUCGGAAUUUGUCUCUUUUGGAUUGAAGUUGAAACGUUUGACGAUAUAAUUAUCAAUUCUUAGUUCUGACUACAAGGUUAAAAAAUAAAAAAUAAAAAAUAAAAAAUAAUAGUGGUACUUUGAUUGGA